GCCAUUAUUUUUUCAUUUCAUUUCUUUUCCUUUUUCAGAUACAGUCACAAAACUGAGAUGUCAAUGCUUUUGGUGUCUGUCUAAGAUUAGUACCCAUUGGUGAAAUCAAAGUGCUCCAAAUACCCCUCUGAAUUGAACGAAAGUAAAGGGCAUCUGCCACGGCGGAAGAAUUUGGAAUGUUUUUUGGGGCAUAGAGCGCAUUAUAAGUAAGGGAGAUCGAUUUUGUCAGACUUCAUUCAUUCACACUGCCAUAGCAUGGGCUUGCGCUUGCGUGCUACUUAAAAAGACACUUUUUCUUCUGUGCGCUGCUUGGUUGGUGAAGAAGAUUCAAGCUUUCAUGGCGGAAGUCUUAGAAGGAGGGGGUGCAGGGGAUCAGGAGAAUCGCGUUAUGUCGAAAACUAUGAUGGAUGUAAUGGGUAUCUGUUGCCCUUCGGAAGUUCCUUUGAUACAGAGUCUCCUGGAGCCUUUGCCUGGAGUGCAUAAGGUUUCUGUGAAUGUUGCUUCUAAGGCGGUCACUGUCCUGCACGAUGCGCUUUCAAUUCAGCCUUCGGAAUUAGUUAAUGUUUUGAAUAGGGCGAGAUUAGAUGCGAGUUUGAGGGUUGUUGGGAAAGUGAGAAGUGGGAAGCGAUGGCCCAGUCCCUAUACGCUGGCGUCGGGAUUUCUUCUGGUGAUUGCCUUGUUCGGUCAUUAUUAUCGCCCCUUGCGAUUUGUUGCUUUGGCGGCAGUAGCUGUAGGCAUUCCGCCAAUAUUACUGAGAAGUUUCGCAGCGAUUCGGGGGUUUAUUCUCGACAUAAAUGUGCUCAUGGUCAUUGCAGUGGCAGGCGCGAUUGCAUUGGGGGACUAUGUAGAAGGAGCCACCAUUGUCUUUCUCUUUACGUUAGCGGAAUGGCUUGAAUCUAGAUCAGCCGACAAGGCCCGAAAGGCUAUAUCGGCUGUGAUGAAUCUGGUACCUCAAACUGCUGUGAUCGAGGAAACAGGUGAAAAAGUGCCUGUUAAGGAUGUGGAAAUUAACAACGUUCUGGCCGUGAAAGCUGGCGAAAGCAUUCCCCUAGAUGGCCUUGUGAUAUCUGGUACAAGUUCUGUAGAUGAGAGUAGCUUGACUGGUGAAUCCGUGCCUGUGGAUAAAGAAGUGGGUGAGGCGGUGUGGGGUGGCACCACGAAUCUUACAGGGUAUUUAAGUGUAAAGACUGUCGCCAAGGCAGAGGACUCUAGAGUGGCAAAGAUGGUGAAGCUUGUGGAAGAAGCCCAAAACCAACAGUCCCGCACGGAGCAGUUUUUACAGCGAUUUGCCAAGUACUAUACCCCAGUGGUUGUACUAGUGGCAAUAGCAGUAGCAAUAAUGCCAUUUAUCAAGCGGUCGUUGCAUGUUCAUGAAUACAUAUACAAAGCGCUUGUUCUUCUUGUAUCUGCUUGCCCCUGUGCUCUUGUCAUCUCCACACCCGUUGCUACUGCUUGUGGCUUGGCCACUGCUGCAAGGCUUGGCCUUCUCAUCAAAGGUGGAGGGUUUCUAGAAGCCUUGGGAAAGCUCAAGUCUAUAGCCUUUGACAAGACGGGGACUCUCACAGAAGGACAAUUUCAAGUGGUGGACAUCAAGUUUGUGGAUUCAGAGGCUGCAGAUAGAGAGAGAGAGUUGUUGCAUUGGAUAUCAAGUCUGGAGAGUAAAUCAGCACAUCCUAUGGCCACGGCAGUGGUAGCAUACUGUAGACAAGAGGGCAUUGAGCCCUCUGCCGAGGUGAAAGAUUUCAAUAUAUUGCAAGGAGAGGGCAUCUGCGGGCUAAUUGCUGGCCACAAUGUUUAUAUUGGCAACAGCCGUUUGAAAUCUCGGCUUUGCUGGGGCCAAGAUGUACCAGACACAUGGAAAAUGGAAGGCUCCACAGUGGCAUAUGUAGGAGUAGAUACAAAAUUUGUAGGAGUAUUUAGUGUGGCAGACCGUAUUCGGCCACAAGCAGCAAAAGCAGUUAACAAACUUAAGAAAUUAGGAAUCAGACUGGUCAUGCUCACAGGUGAUACUGCUGUUUCUGCUGCAGAAGUAAAAAAAGAGGUAGGAGAAAUUGAAGUUCAUGCCCAAUUACUACCGGAAGACAAGCUGAGAUUUAUUGGAGAGCUAAAGAAGGAGGGCAUGACUGGCAUGGUGGGCGAUGGAAUUAAUGAUGCACCAGCAUUGGCAUCAGCAGAUGUGGGGAUAGCUAUGGGUGUGCAGGGCUCUGCAGUAGCCAUGGAAUCUGCAGAUGUAGCUCUCAUGUCUAAUGAUAUAAGGAAGAUUGCUGGUGCAGUGAAAAUAGGGCGGAAAUCAAUGAGGACAAUAUACAUAAAUGUUGCAUUCUCCCUGUUUACCAAGGUAGCCUUGGUGGUGCUUACUUUCAUGGGUUAUAUCUACUUGUGGAUGGCUGUGCUAGCAGACACAGGAACUUGCCUGAUUGUAAUAUUCCACAGCAUGCUUCUCUUGAAAAGAGAGAAAGGUGGUCAUGCUCAUCAUCAUCAUCAUCAUCAUGAUCAUGAUGGCUGUUGCAAAGAUGGUCCAGAUGUGAAUGGGCAUGCAGAUCAUCUUCACAAUCAUGAUCAUGGUACGUGUAAAGAGAACCAUGGCCAUGAGCACAAUCACAAUCAUAACCAUACCCACAACCAUGAUCAUAAUCAUGAACAUCGCCAUGACCAUAACCAUAAUCACAGUAAUAGCCAUGAACAUGAGCAUGAGCAUGAGCAUUAUUUUGAUGUGGUGAAAUGUAGUGCAUGCAUCCGUCAUGCAGCAAUUUACAAAGGGUGUGGUUGCCUUAAGCCCAGAAAUCGGUCAUGCUGCACUAAUGAAGUCUCGAUUGUUAUCCACCCAAGCAAUACUAGCAGAAUUGAGCAGACUCAGAGUAGACCAAGCAGCUGCUGCAACAAAGGCAAUUUGCCCUUCCAAUCAGUUCCUCAGCCAAAAGCAGCUCACCAAAAUAACAACCAAAUGUUGAUCCCGGGUUGCUACGAGUCUUAAUGCUAUCCUCAGUACAGGAGGAAUCCUGUAUUUUUUUUUUAUCAUUAACUAAUGAGCACUAAAUCCUGACUUCCUCAAGAAAAUCCACAUUAGGCAUCAAAGCCCUCUCCACAUCUCUACACAGAAUUUGAAAAAGUGACUGUAAAUACCCUCAAAUCGUUCUGUUUGAGAUCCAGUUUCCCCCAAAACCUCAAUGGGUUGAAGCCCAAAACAUGGGACUCCAACCAGGAUCUUACUAAGGUUAUAUGCAUUGUUGAUCAAUCCUUUGCUCAAAUAAUCCCACAAAGCUUUCUCUGAAUGCUUUUGGUCAUUAAUUGGCAGUGUUCCACGGGGAUGUGGUCCCGCCACCGCCACCAAAGCUCUCCCAAGGAGACGUGGAGAUGUCCUCAAGUCUCCUUGGGAGAUGUAUCCACGUCUCCUUGGGAGACGUGGGGGGCGUUUCUCGACGUAAAUUGCAGGUUUUAAAACUAAAAUUUAAAAAAAAAGU